AUGGAGAAGUCCCCCGUGGCCACAGACUUUAUCCAGCCGGAACCCGCGAGGGUCGAUGACUACCAUGACUCGUCCCCCAAGGCUGAGCUGGAGCUCAAUGUGGGCGGUCGUGGUGCGACUCAACGUCGCCUGCGGAACUACCAGGUCACCAUGAUCGGUUUCUGCAGUGGUAUCGGAACCGGUCUCUUUGUUGGUACUGGAUCGGCCUACGCAAAGGCGGGUCCCGCCGGUCUUCUUCUCGCAUAUAUCAUCGUCGGUCUCGUUUUGUGGUGUGUCAUGCAAAGCAUCGCCGAAUUGGCCACUCUCCUCCCCACUGCUGGGUCAUUCCCUCACUGGGCCACCCGCUUCAUCGAUCCCUCCGUCGGUUUCUCGCUCGCCAUCUCCUACGGAUACUGCUACACGAUCGCCAUCGCUUCGGAAGUCUCCGCAGCCGCAGUAAUCGUAUCAUUUUGGACGGAUAUAACACCGGCAGUCGUGAUCACGGUGGGACUGGUCCUGAUCCUGAUUAUCAACCUGAUGAGUGUGCGAUUCUACGGUGAAACAGAGGUCGUGGGAGGUGCUGUCAAGAUCCUCUGUUUCCUGGGCUUGGUCAUUGUUUCGAUCGUGAUCACCGCUGGCGGUGCUCCCAAUCACGAGGCGAUUGGCUUCCGCUACUGGAACAACCCCGGUCCCUGGACGAACUUCAACGGUAUUCCCGGGUCCACCGGUCACUUCCUCGGUUUCCUAUCAUCCUUCGUCAAUGCUUCGUUCAGUUUCAUCGGUGUCGAGACCGUCGUCAUCACCGCGGCCGAGUCCGUGGAUCCGCACCGUGCCAUCCCCAAGGCCGCUAAGCGUGUCACCUACCGCAUCGGAUUCUUCUACAUCCUGGGCGCUCUCCUGAUCGGUAUCAUUGUGGACCCCCGCAACAUGGAUCUGGUCUCGGGCACCGGCAACGCCAACAGCUCUCCCUUCGUUAUUGCCAUCCGUGAGGCCGGCAUCAACGCACUUCCCUCGAUCGUGAACGCCUGUAUCUUGGUCGCCGCCUGGUCGGCCGGUAACUCCUACUGCUGGGUGGGCUCGCGCAUGAUCGUGGCCAUGACUACCGAUCACCAGCUGCCCCAGAUCUUCGGUCGCGUGAACAAGACCGGUGUGCCCUAUGUGGCUGUCAUUGCAGCCUGGUUGUUCGGCCCUCUGGCUUAUCUGAGUCUUGGAAGUGGUGGCGCUGCACAGGCUUUCACCUGGUUGCUCAAUCUAAGCACGGUCGCCGGUCUGAUUGCCUGGGCUACGCUCUGUUUCUGCUACAUUCGCUUCCACGCAGCCAUGAAGGCCCAAGGUGUUUCCCGAGACACUCUUCCAUGGAAGGGCCCGCUUCAACCCUACGCGGCCUGGGUCGGUUUCAUCGGCUCCACCAUCAUCACCUUGGUUGCCGGUUUCCCUGUCUUCUUGAAGGGCAAUUGGAGCACCUCUGACUUUGUCGCAUCAUACAUUGGCAUCCCCAUCUUCAUUGUGCCCAUCAUCGGGUGGAAGUUGUGGCACCGCACGCAAUUCCAACGUGCAGCCACCAUUGAUCUCUGGUCUGGUCGUCUCCAAGACGGAGAGAUCAUGCCACAACCGAAUCCCCGAAACACAGUGUGGGGUCGGUUUGUCGACUGGCUGAUUUGA